UUUACAAUCGUCGAGAUUUUACUCAAUGAAAACAGCACUGUUUUUAUUUAAAAUUUUGUUCAACGGAAAAUAGAGACUAGGAUGAGUAUAGCGAGCAGUUUUAUGCCAGAGGAGUGUAGUGCAGUGGGCACAUUUACAACGAUUGGUAGUAUUGAAAGCACUUGUCAAGUCAAUGCCAAUAAAUCAAAGCGAAUCAACGGAAUGAGCAAAUCUCAGAAACACAAAAGAAAUCAAACAAAGAAAAGGACCAACAUAAGUAAGACAACAACAACAACAACAACGACAACGCAAACGAUUGCCGAGGAGACUGGCUGCCUAAUGGAUGUCCUGCAUCUGCGCAUGCUGGAACUAAUCGAGGAUCGGAUAAGUCUGCAGCUGCAGCUGGAGAAGCAAACGGCGGAAGCGCGCCUCAUGCUAGCCAAAUGUCGAAUGCAGCAAGGACGCCCACACUUCGCAGCCGUCAUGCGCUUCUCCAGUUCCACGCCCUAUCGAGCACUUUAUCGCCUGCUUGAGCAAAGCCUCGAAUGGUGGAGCUGCCUGAAGCUAUUGCGCCACGAUGUGGACCAAGAAAUGGACUUCCUCCGGCCAAUCAAUCGCAUCGUUGGCGCCCUGGUGCCAUACAGCUUGCGGCUGACGAAUUGCGAAUGGGAACGCUGUGUCGAAAAGAUUAUGGAGAAUGCGAAUAUCCAGCGAGAAUUGCAAUCUGUAAUCAAAUCCAUUGAACGACUGAAUUGGGCGCUGCGCAGAAGGGGCUACAUAUGAGGACUUGGGGUACUAAGUUCAAAGUUGAGAAUAAAAUCAUAUAAAAUCAUAAAAUUCAUAUAAGACGUGCCAACCCUUUUCUAGAUGAACA